AUGGAUCCCACCCCCUUCAUCCGGGGCCCUUCGAGCCAGAGGUGUUUCACCUACAGCAGCAGCAUCAGCAUAGGUCCCAAGCUAGUAUGGGUUUCAGAUGUAAAUCCCACUCGCUUGGUCUGUCCCAGGGUUGUGGAGCAAGCAUGGGAUAUUUUAGCAGCUCGGCUCCCACAUCCUCGUGUCUUAGAGAUACUAUAUCGUGGCGGUAUCUACCAUUGCGUAGCUGCUGGUCACGUACAGCAUGACAGGUCUCUUGUGACGGCCAUGAUUGAGCGAUGGCGACCGGAGACCCAUACAUUUCAUCUCCGCACUGGUGAGGCCACCAUCACCCUUCAGGACUUGUAUAUUAAGGAGCCCCGGCAGAUGCCGUCGUAUCGGCAGAAGUUGACCAGGCUCACUGGUUUCGCGCCUUAUGAGGGUCAUAUAUAG